AUGGCUGCAACUGCGCCAUCCAAGAGAAAAUACCCGCUUAUUCAUUCCUCAACCGACUCAAAACCCGACAAUGCAGCUCGCAAGCGUGCCAAAAAUCACGAUGCUCGUGCUCUGGCCGUACAGUCCGCCGAUGCAGCUCUCUCUGCUACCGGGGAGCUCGAUGUUGCCGCCUACGUAGGAGCCCGCGAAUAUGAGAUUCGAGCUCUGGAAGCUGGUAUCGAUAAAUCGAAAGGGGCGCUGGCGAGUCGCGCGUUUCAGAAAGUGCCUAGGUCGCUGCGGAGAAGGACUGCGAGUCAUAAUGUGAAGAGGGUGCCGAAGAGGUUGCGGGCAAGAGCUAAGAGGGAGAUGAUAGAAGAUAAUACUCCCACGGUGACUUCUCGACGACGAAAGCCUACCAAAAUACUGCGAAUCCGCUUAGAAACAGCGCGCCGACUUCAGAACCUAAAUCAAAAAACAAAAGAGAAACGUGCAGCUCUGAAAACAAAGCGAGAUGAGGAAGCACAAGGCAAGGCUUCGACUGAAGGAAGCCAUACUCACAAAAUCGCUCCACGAGUUCCCAAAAUUAAGAAGAACAAACUGUCACAACCAUUACCGCCCGCAUCGAAGUAUAAGAAACGUCAGCAAUCAAAGACUUGGCUGCCUACGCACAUGUUUCACGCAAAACGGGCACAUAUGACUCCUCCAGAAGAACCGCUUUGGAGAUUUGCGGUUCCAUUGACGCCCACGGAAAAGAGUUAUCGGCCUACUCAUCGAGCUGCGGGAGCGAGGGGCGCUAUAGCAUGGGAUUCGAGCUAUAUGUCUACCAUUCAACUGGAGGGGACAUUUUUUGCAUUAGAAAUUGUCCUGAAGAGUCUACGUAUUGAGGGAUAUGAGUAUUGGGGAUCAAAGGGAAGGAAAUGGAGACAAGGUACAAGAGUGCUUCAAAAAUGGGUGUACGAAGCAGGCGAGGACAAGAAACCUAUAGCGCCAGUGACUUUGAUAUGGUGUGCUAAAAAACCGAAAGUCGAGGAGGAUCAAAAAAUGUCUAAUUCUGGCGAUACAUCAGCAUCGAAAAAGCGACAAGCACGCGACAAAUUGUUCAUUCGUGUCCAUCCGUCUGCGUUUCUUCAACUUUGGAACACGCUUUUGCAAGUAUGUAAGCAGCAGAAUCCGCCUGUCUCGGUUCAAGACUUGCGGUUUGAUAUUGGAAGCAUUGAGAUCACAGGGCCUGGGUCAACGGAGGCACUCCUUGCUACGAUGCGUCCUUUCAAGUCAAAUGAGCCGGAGGAGAAAGAUGGUGAUAAUCACUCUACGACAUGGAAAUCUCUUCUCGGUGUUACGAAUCCGUCCUCAUUACCAAAAGGAGCUCUGUUGUCUUUUUCCAUUAGCGACCCUCGACUACACUACCCUGUGAAAACUCUCAAGCCCUCGACAUCUGAAUCAGAUAUGAAUAAUCUGGCAACUAUACUGUCUUCUUGGCCUCCAGAUCGUUACCGGAGCUCGCCAGAUCUGUUCGACCGCUCUGCACGACUGACCGCAAGCCGUCGUCUACCGAGCCAAAAAGCCUUGAAUCGGCGGAGGACAUUGGCUGGCCCGGGAGUGCCACUCAAAGCGCAAAAUACUGAUCCUCAAAUACCCGUCAUGGUAUAUGCAUCACGGCCAGAAAGCGGUUCAAACAUGAACAAUCACGGUACCUGGACGGUUCUCUUACCCUGGAGAUGUGUCACGCCUCUGUGGUAUGUGCUCAUGUAUUACCCACUAUCUAGUGGAGAUAAACCUCGGUUUGGCGGUAUCAAGGAACAACGCCAGUUAGCAUUUGAGUAUGGGCAGCCAUGGUUUCCGGGCGAUUAUCCUGGAACACGUGCCGGCUGGGAAUGGAAUGCUCGGGAAGACGAAGAACGGAAGAAAGAGUGGGAAAGGAGGCCCAAGGGGAAAAGAAUUGAAUAUGACAGUCUUGACCUAGUCCAGAAGAUGCAGUCGGACAUCAUGGAUGAGACACAGGACACAGAGAGCAGCGGCUUGAAGGAGACGUUAGACUCCAAGUCGGAUACCCUACCCCAGCUGAGUAUUGAACAUUGGAGAUUGGAUGCCAGAACCGCAUCAGAACUGAACACAAGUGCACGAACUUGGAAGUUCCCUGACGAUAAACCCGAAACGCCGGUUCAAUUCUCUGCCAAUUUGGUAGAGGCUCUACAAUCCAGCAAAGAGACCGACUCAUCCCGUGCCAAAUCUCUCGAAUUACACAUCCAAGCGCGCGUCGCUGAAGAACUAGAACGCCUACGACAACGGGAAAAACAAACUCUGGAAGAAAUUGAGAAGCGCGUUGCCGCCGAGUUACCGGACCGAAAAGUCUCUGGGUUAACAGCCCCGUCGUUGUCGACAUCAUUUGCUGCACCGGCUGGAUCUUUGGACCUGGAUGCUCCUCGAAUCCCAUUUGCCGGACGAGAAUUCGAUGCGCCUUUGUUCCCUAUUGACCCUGCCACCAUCGCCCCGCCACAAGCACCUUCUCAGCAGACUCCCGCCGUCGUCGACCCGUCGCGCGAAGCUGUGUUGAAGGAUAUCGAGCGUCUGCGAACCAAACUCGAGUCACGGAAGAAACUGUCCGCACUUGACGAGAAUGUUGAGCGCGCCAAGACCGAGGUUGUGAAUUGCCUGAGAAUAAACGACCGACGACCUCUGGACUGCUGGAAGGAGGUUGACUCGUUCAAGCGGGAGGUUGCGAAGCUGGAGCAGGCUUUUGUGGAUAAGUGCCACGCCAACUGCACUCUGCAUUCUGCUUAUCCCUCGCUCGCGGUUUUUGCAGUGACCUGUCAAAGUCUAUCUCCCCUGGUCAAUCGCAUCCUCAUCGUUGCAUCCCUCGGUGUCGCUAUCUGGAGGUCACAUCGGCCGUCGCUUCACAAACGAGUCAGGCACUCCACAACGUCGACGAUACUCCACGCAUGCCUUAUGACGGCCAAGUUCUCCGAGUCCGAUUCUCAGUCUGCGUCCCCGCGCGAAGACGCAACAUGGACUCAUCUCGUCCAAUCCAGCGUGCCGGGGCUAGGCUUCCUGUUUGAGGUCACCGGCAAGCCGUGGACUGCAUGGCUGGGGGUUCUGGGGCUUGUGUUUGCAGCGACCAUUGCUGGGCUGCUGGGGUUUGGCGGAGGAAUGCACCACAGAUAUGCGAAUGAUGAAAACUAUUACGCGGACUUCCUUGGAAGCAGUGGUACCACUGCAAGCAGCUGCCCCUCAUCCGCGGCUGCCACUGAGAUCAUCGCUCCCGACACUUUUUAUUCUUCAUUUAAUCCGCUUUGCGACGCUCCCUCUGCCUGCACUUCUUCUUCACUCACUUCUACGUGCGCCAAUCCCCUGAAUAUCCUCUCCUCAUCUUUACUUCCCUCCUCCACGUCGUCCCCCGCCGGCAUGAUCAUGGCUGCUCCCGGCCCCUCCCUCGACGCCGCGUUGCGGGUAGCACGCGAGUUCGAUCUCCCCUCCGACCAGGUACAGCGCGGGGUUGACGAAUUUCUGAGCCAGAUGGGCGAAGGCCUGGCAAAGAAUGGGACAACCCUUAGCCAGAUUCCUACAUACGUGACCAGCGUUCCCAAUGGUACCGAAAAGGGCCUCUAUUUGGCCGUCGACCUCGGUGGGACCAACUUCCGGGUCUGUUCUAUCAGCCUUAAGGGUGAUAGCACUUUUGACCUUACACAAAACAAAGUCGCAAUUCCCCGCGACAUGAUGGUCGCUCCGUCAUACAAGGAAUUGUUCAAGUUCCUCGCCAGUCAAAUCGAAGCCUUCCUCGAAGAACACCACAACGACCACUUUGAAGCCACCGUCCGACGACGCCGCAUGACCGGCACCACCGAUCAAUACCGCCGCGAGGAAAUUUUUGAUCUCGGUUUUACGUUCAGUUUCCCCGUUGACCAAACAUCCAUCAACAGAGGUACUCUAAUCCGAUGGACGAAAGGAUUUGAUAUUCCGGAUGCUGUCGGAAAGGAUGUCUGUUUGAUGCUGCAAGAUGCUAUCAAUGAACUCCGCCUUCCCGUCCGAGUGGCAGCUUUGGUGAAUGAUACCGUUGGCACAUUGAUGGCUCGUUCCUAUACUGCUCCGGGUAAAACAGAGACUCUCAUCGGUGCUAUUUUCGGCACAGGAACCAACGGCGCUUACGUCGAGAAGCUUGACAAGGUCACAAAACUCGAUGUCAAGAACGACAAGACAAUUGACAACAACAAGAAUCAAAUGGUCAUCAACACGGAAUGGGGUAGCUUCGAUAACCAUCUUAGCGUCCUUCCCAACACCAUUUAUGAUCAGCAACUAGACGCAGAGUCGGUCAACCCCGGUAUCCAAAUGUUUGAAAAGCGCGUGUCUGGCAUGUUUUUGGGAGAGAUCCUUCGCCGUGCUAUUUUGGCAUUGUCCAAGGAUGCCUCAGCUAAGCUGCUGCAAGCUGACGGCAGCUCGAUACCUUCCGACUCACCGCUAUACCAGAUCUGGGGCAUCGACACCAGCUUUUUGAGUAUUAUUGAAGCAGACACCACGUCCGACCUCUCCGCAACAAAGGCUGCUUUGUCCGAACACUUCAAAGUGACCAAUCCUUCUACUGAUGCCGCCCAGGCAAUUAAAGCUAUUGGUCAUGCUAUCGCAAAACGCGCUGCUCGUCUUAGUGCCAUAGCUCUUGCAGCCAUUCUACUAGACACCAAGCGGAUAGACACGGACGAGACUGUCGAUAUUGGUGUUGACGGCAGCCUUGUAGAAUUCUACCCCAAGUUCGUGGACUAUAUGCGCGAAGCCAUGCGAGAAAUCAAAGGCAUUGGUGAGAAGGAAUCAAAAGUAAGAAUUGGUAUUGCCAAAGACGGCAGUGGAGUCGGCGCAGCUCUUAUUGCAUUAGUUGCUCACAAGGGAUAUGCCAUUGGUCCACGAUGA